GGUGGUCGAGUCCACUAAUCGGCACGGGGGUGGCAGUUCAGUGGUGGGGAAGUUGAGCACGCGCCAAGCAGCUCAGUCAGUUUACUCAGCCACGUCACGCCUGGCUGUUCAUAUCGGAGCUGUUUUUGUACACCUUACUGCACCGUGUAAGUUAAUGAGUGUUUUAUCAGUUUUAUUCUAACCAUUAUGCUACCAAGAAAGCGGAAAGUGCUCACCGUGGAUGAAAAAGUGUCAUUAGUUAAAGCAAUUGAAAAUGGUGAAAAACAAACUGAUGUUGUGCGGCGAACGGGGCUUUCCCAAUCGACUGUGGCUACCAUUUGGAAGGAUAGGCGCAAGUGGCUUGACGCAGAUGUGCAUGGGGAUAAAAAGAAAAUGCGAAAACCUCAGUAUGAAGACUUAGAUCGUGCUAUUCUGCAGUGGUUUCAACAGCAACGCAUAAAUAACAUACCGCUCUCUGGACCUUUGAUAAAAAUGAAAGCUGAGUUUUAUGCAACAGAGCUUGGCAUUCCUGAUUUUAAGGCUUCUGAAGGUUGGCUGAGCAAGUGGAAGCAGCGCCACAACAUUAAUUAUGGACAGAUAAACGGGGAGGCUCGUGACGUCGAUAGGAACACUACAGAUGGCUGGCUAGAAAAGGUAUGGCCUGAUCUUAAGGCUCGUUAUUCAGCCGAAAACAUUUUUAAUGCUGAUGAGACGGGUCUAUUUUACAAGUUGACACCAAACAAAACUUUAAAAUUCAAAUCAGAAAAGUGUAUUGGAGGAAAGUUGUCAAAAGAAAGAAUUACAGUUUUGGUAGCGGCCAAUAUGACAGGAUCGGUAAAGAGAAAACUUUUGGUGAUUGGCAAAUCUAGAAACCCGCGUUGUUUAAAAAACAUCAAGCGUCUGCCUGUCACCUACAAGUCAAACAAAAGUGCUUGGAUGACGUCUCAAAUUUUUGAAGAGGAGUUGAGAAAAUGGGAUUCUGAGUUGAAGGGGAACAAAAUCUUGCUUUUGGUGGACAACUGCCCUGCACAUCCAAUGAUUGAAAACCUCGGAAACAUAGAACUCUGCUUCUUACCUGCCAACACCACAAGUGUCCUUCAGCCCAUGGACCAAAGUGUUAUCAAAAGUUUGAAAAGUCAUUAUAGGCGCAGGCUUUUAAUGGAACUCGUCGAGUCUAAUGGGAAUUUCAAACCUACGAUCCUAGACGCCAUACAAAUGGUCAGUAGGGCAUGGGCAGAGGUAACGGAUAAGACCAUAAGACAUUCCUUCAAGCAUGCAGGAUGGCUGAAAGAUCCCGAGCCAGCAGAUGAUGAAGAUGACUUGCCUUUGGCCGUUUGGGUUCAGCAGCUGGAGCUUCCUACAACAUUUUCAGAAGAGGAGCUUCUGGAUUUUGAAAACAUCGAUGGGCAAGUGGCUACAGCAGCGGGUGUUACAGACGAAGACAUCCUGAAUUCUGUUCGUGUUGAUGAAGAUAGUGAUCAGGAAAACAUUGAUCCAGAGGAGGAGCCUGAACCAGAACCGGUCCCAACUCCAAAAGAGGCAUUGGAGGCUGCUAAAGUACUGAGAAGAUUCUUUACUCACCAAGAUGAUCCUGUGGCUACGGAAGAUGUCGGUCGUUUAGAAGAUAAAGUGAGGUCAUUGCUGUGGAAAACUAAAAAAAGGCAAAUGACGCUAAAAGACUUCUUCCAAUAAACUGUAUGAACUGUAUGUCUUGUUGUGUUAUGUAUGUACGUAUUUUGACAUUCUAAAUACAGAGUACUACAUAUGUACUAAUGAUUGUAUACACUGUAUCAUUGUAUCAUUUCAUAUACAUAUGUAAUUUACUACUACAUAUGUACAUAUGUGUGUUUGUGGACAAUGUAAAUAUAGUACUGUAUAUUGUAUUUAUACUGUUUAAUAUGGUGUUUUAUUUCAGCACACUACUCCAUCCAAGAUUUAAAAAUAGGUUUCUCUCUGUAUAACAAUCUUUCUCUAUAACAAUGAAAAUCGCUGGUCCCUUGGAUAUCGUUAUAGGGAGAGUCCACUGUACUUCAAAUCUUUCAUUUUUUUUAUCUACAAUUUAUUUUAUGAUGGGAAUUGGAUUGAGUUGAAAAUACAUAGCAUAUGUAUUAAUUUAAAAUAAUGUUUUUAUA